ACUUCACCAUAAUCUGUUUAUCCCUACCAUCACAUAUAGGCUCCCAAAAGGAGACCGACCGUUUGAAUAUGCCGUGCACAGAGCCCGCGUCCCCUGUCGAGCUACCUCCUCACCGCCCUGAACCUCUCCGGAGAAGUCACUCGGCCGCUUCGAUACACUCGCUGCCCACUCCGCCACGUACCCGAAAGCGAAAGCGGUCGCGUUCAACUCACUCACGCGCCGCAGACAGCGACUCGGAGAUUGAUGAACGUGCUGCGGGUAACGCGUCAGAGGAGGAAGAGGACGUGCUCUGGCACAAGGCAGAGAUAAAGGGCGCUGUACAGGUCGGCUCGAAGAGGCGGAAGCUGCUCCAGGUGGACAAGAUUGCAGCAGAACUCAGCGGGCGGGCAGCAGAGGACGAAUUCUGGACGAGCUCAUAUAACACACUCGCUGGAAAGGUCAAAGAUAAGAGCAAAGCUGACACAAAGCCCGACACGGCGACAAGCUCUCGUCUGCGUUCCGAGUCUCCAGAACGAUCUCUUUCAGCGUCACCUCCUUCGCGCCUGCUCAAGCGGAAUCGCACUGGUUUGCUGUCGCCCCCUCAGUCCAAGCGGCGAUCAUCACCUCGAGUCAAGCGGUUUGCAGUGCCGCCAUUGAUCUUGGAGGAGCCAUCUGAGGAACCAGAAGAUGCUCCGAGGACCCCUACGCGCUUGCGCACGCCUCCGCGGAAAUCAAAGCCUGCGCCUGUGCCCCCAGCCCCGAAGAAAGGCGGACCAGAGCGUGACACUCCAAACAACCCGUUUUUGGACAGCGAUGGGAGCUCGUUUGGAGCAGAGACUCCGGAUGCAGAAGGCGUAGUUGCAGGUCCUAGCUCAGAAAGCUCAGCCCCAAAGCCGAGAGUGAUUGAGAAGCCCACGAUCACCUACGUCUUCCGCGGUGUUCGUACGGAGUUCAUCAACCCUCUCUAUGAUCCCAAAUACCCUGAGACGGGUGUUGCUCCUGAGCGCGAUGACGCUCCGUCCAAGCUCCCACCCGAGCACGUUGACUUUGAGCCCGAUGAACAUGUUCUACCCACAAAGCUGUUUGCUACAGAUAAGAAGUCAGGUCGGCGCAGGCGCCAUGUCAUGCCUCCGAGCGAGGCGGAUGAGAAACCCCCAGCGAAGAAAGCUCGGGCCAAAGGCAAGCAGCCCGCGCCGAAGCAGAAGAGCGAAUGGGACACGUCCGACGAAGAGGACAACACCGAGACCAAGGAGCAGCCUGAUGAGCUCACGCUUCCGCGGACGCCGUCGCUACGUCGCAGUCCGCGCUUGGCGCGGCCUCAGGCGGAGGGCAAGGAGCGCGCUGAAAUAUUUAAUUUGACGCGAGAGGUUCACACCACGCCUCGUCUUCCCGAAAAAGACAGGAGCGACCCUGCCAAACGUGCAUUCGGCGUGCAUGACAUGCCCCCGCCUCCUCCGAAAGCUCGGGCUCCUGAGCCCGACCUUGUCGUCAAGGUUGACGAGGUCCGGGAAGUCCGGAGGGAGACAAGAGUCAAGGUCACUCCGCCUACGCCUCGCCUCGAGAGUGAAGUCGAGGAGGUGCAUGAAGUUCGUGAGACGACGCAUGUCAAGGUUGCAUCUAGCUUGCCUUCGAGAGCUGUCGCACCUCAAACGAAGCCGAAGACUCCUCCCGAGGCUGCUGUUGUACCAGUUGAAGACGUAGAUGAGAAUCCCUUCCUAUGAUCUUUUCGUCCCCCUGCCUUGUUGCACGCACCCUUUUGCUGACGCUUCGCCAUCUUCCGCUCUGCCCACUACUGACCCACGGUCAUAUGUUGUCUCUCCUUAUGUUGCACCCGAUCUUUUCCUCUGCCGAGCGAUACGCCGCUAUCUUUACUGUACACCCUACUCAUUGCGACACCCUAUACCACACAUAUCCGACUACUGCGACACCCCCUCCAUAUACAGCCGCCAUUCUGCUCUUUUUCCCUCUUUUCUUUUCUUGCUUCUGUCGUGGACCGUCUUGCUUUGUCACGACCCCGCGCGUUUAGCCCACGUUUUAUCUCGAAUCAAUCCGAGAUAACCCAUUGUUCUUGUUCAUGAGUCUUUCUUUCUGUUGGUGUAAGUAGGUGAACUAUGGCAUGUACAUGACGAGUCUACGG